AUAUUUGAUCACUUGUUACAUGAAGUAUAGCGGACGACUGCAGGAUUUGUUUAUCAACACAACAGCAGAAACAAAUUAUGGACACAGAAAGAAAUAAAAUGCAACUUUCAGAUGAAAAAUAUUUAGCCAAGCACAAUGUCUUGAUAUAUAUCCAGGAUGCUGUCAGUCAGUUGUUACAACACAAAGAAGAUAAUCCUCACAUUGUGCCAGCGAAAUUCCUUAACGACUAUUUCAAGUGCGUGGUUCAAGGAAAUCACACGUUAUACCGCGAGUACAGUUUUAUUCACGCGACGCCUCAUAACCGCAGUUCAUUUAUCGCCAUCUUUUGGAAAUGCUUCAAACACAUCGGACAAAGUGGAGAUCUGCUUAGUGUGAAGGAAUACCAUUCAUUAUUGUCACUCAUAUGUUCUGACUUUCCAUACGAGAUCGUUCAAAAAUCCGCGAGGAUUGUUUUAAUGGAAGAUGCAAUGGACUGCCUCAUGUCUUUCUCUGACUUUGUCACCGCUUUUCAAAUGCAACUUUAUUACGAAGAGUUUUUGGCAAAAUGCAGUGAAAUUUACGAGGAAGUCGCAAGUGGUUCGCAUAGAUCUGGUCAAGUGGUCGUCGUUCCGACAUCUGACUCUAAAUCCAAACACCGUAAGAGUAACGAGAAAGUUUCGCAGUUGGAAGCAAGUCAGAGUUUGGACGGAGUCGAUUCCAUCUCGUUUUACGAUGAGAUUUUACACCAUGUUGUACAUCACAGCUCGACGGCAAACACAAUAAGCAUACCUCCUACCGAAGCGCUGAAACAAAUACUUUCAUCAGCUGAUCGUGUAACAUUCUAUGGCUUCCUCAUGGCAUUGGCUAAAAAUGAUCUCGUUAAUCAAACCAUCGGUGCAGUGUCGCAGAAAAAUCGAAUCGCGGACGACGAUUCGUCAGAUCGGUAAUGAAUUAACUACCAUGGCUGGUAAAACUGUUGUUUGUCAAUAUUAUUUAAAGCGAAAUGUAAAUAAGCAAUCACAGCGUUAUUUAUGUAAAUUAUAAAUGCGUGAUUGAAGUAUAUAUAGCUGAAAAAUAGGUUUGUACAUAACGGUGAAAAUUGAAUAACAAAGUUUCAACUUCAGUUAAGGUCCCGCGUUUAAACUGCGAUUUUUGCUCGUCAAACUGAAACUUUUUUCAAUUAACUGGCCUUUCCAACAAAGUUGCAGUGGUAAUA